CUAUUAAGAGUAUUUUUAAUAAUAAUACUCAAUAAAUAAACCGAAGUGUCGGCUUAUAUAAGCUUAUACGGCGGGACUCUUUCACUUUCUCUCUCCUCCUCCUCAGCAAUCCAACACCUCUCUUUCUCUCUCAUGGGCACACAAGCAUGCCUCCUCCUCCAAAAGCAACUCAGAGAUCUUUGCAAGAAACCUGUUGAUGGAUUCUCUGCUGGUUUGGUUGAUGAGAGCAAUAUGUUUGAAUGGAGUGUCACCAUUAUUGGACCUCCUGAUACUCUUUAUGAUGGGGGAUUUUUCAAUGCCAUCAUGAGCUUUCCAUCCAAUUACCCGAACAGCCCUCCAACAGUGAAGUUUACUUCAGAAGUAUGGCAUCCCAAUGUUUAUCCUGAUGGGCGGGUUUGCAUAUCAAUUCUCCAUCCUCCUGGUGAUGACCCGAAUGGUUAUGAGCUUGCAAGUGAGCGGUGGUCACCUGUUCAUACGGUUGAGAGUAUAGUUUUGAGCAUCAUAUCAAUGCUUUCUAGUCCAAACGAUGAAUCCCCAGCAAACAUAGAAGCUGCAAAGGAAUGGAGAGAGAGGAGGGACGACUUCAAGAAAAAGGUAAGCCGUUGUGUAAGACGGUCACAGGAAAUGCUAUGAUCUGCUGAUGCCGCUUAUCUGCUUGUGUGUGCCCAAUUUAUUUGUUUGGGAGGGUGGUGGUUAUGUUGGGAGGACUGGUUCGUUGAGAAUGCUGAAUCGUGUAUUAUACCACAGUCGAAUUUCUGAUCCCGAAUCUUUUUAUUUAUAAAACUUUGCUCAAAGUGACUGUCCUAAAUGCAUUUCUGUAUCAGAUUGCUUGAGUAUUGUUUGGCUGACUUUUGAUCUGUGCUAACAUGUUCUCUGCUGGUUUUUACAGAAGAAUGUUCCUGCUGCUCUUUCUUUUUUAUCUUGCCCUUUUCCUUCAUUUUUUUCCUCCUUUGGAACAAUUGAUUGGAGUCAUUUUUUAUAUGAAUCCUUGUUAUUUGUUUAUGAUAACUUUUUUGGAAUUUAUAUAUGUUGUAUUAUUGUUA